AUUUGAAUUCAUGGAACAGUGAAAUGAACAUGCGAUUUUUAUAGGUUAGGAUUAAAGUAUUUACAAAAGUUUUGUUUAUAAAAAAGUGAUUAACAAAAAUUAUUUAAAAAUGUCAGUUUUUGUACGUCUGUGUGAAAAAAACAUUUUCUCCACAAUAAAAAAAACUCCAUCACUUUGUGCCACAUAUGUUGCAGAAUCAAAUGCACCUCGAGUUACUGGUAAAAAAGAUUCCGAGGGGUUUCGAAUUUUAAUGCUAAAACCAGAAAAAUUUGAAAAAAAGGAAAAGUCAGAACAUAAAAAAAGAGUCUUACCACCAAGAGAAUUAGAAAUGAAAGUUGAUCAAGAUUGGCCGUCAGUUUGGCCUGGACCAAGAACUUUUCAUCCAGCAUCUGUACCACUUCCCAUUAGACAAGGAUAUCCUUUAAAUAAUGAAGCACCACCUGCUAAAUAUGGUAAUACGGAAUUAAUGAAAAUUCCCAAUUUUUUACAUCUUACACCGCCAGCAAUACGAAGACAUUGUGAAGCAAUUAAAAAAUUUUGCACUAAUUGGCCAGUUGGUUUAGAAACUGAAGAAAAAUGUACUGAACACUUUCCCCUCGAAGUAAUUACAAGUGAUUAUGUUUAUUCAUCACCCACAAUACGAGAACCUUUGGCAAGAAUUGUGAGCUUAAGAAUAAAAUUGUCAAGUCUCACUUUAGAUGCACAUGCUAAAGAUAAAUUUCUUAGAUUAAUUAAAGAUAAAUAUGAUCCAGUGACCGAUUAUAUCACAAUCACAACAGAUCGAUGUCCAUUAAAACAACAAAAUAUGGAUUAUGCUCAUUAUCUUAUUACAGCUUUAUAUCAUGAAUCUUGGAAAGUAGAACCUUGGGAAGCUGAAAAAUGUGAAGCCGAUAUGGAAUAUUACGAUUGGGAUAGAAAUAAAAGUCGAGAGAAUUUAAUUACCAUUUUCUGUUGGCCUGAACCACCAAAAGAUAUUGACUAUCAAUCUAUUCCUCAUGCUGAAGAAUACAAAAUUGCAGUUUCAGAUCUUAUAAAUAAUGGAGAAGACGAUUAUUCUGUAAAUAAAUACAAAGAAGCUGUAAAAAAUUUAUUCAACUUAAAAUAAGUUUAAAAAUAAAAAUAAGUUAUGUAAAAUUUUA